GGGGGCGAGCCGUCCCCGCGCGCCCCUCCGCCCCCGCUCCCGCGUCCACCGAGCCGGGCUGCCGCCGGAUUCCCGGGGAAGAACAGAAUGACUGAGAACCUGAAGGCCUGCUUGGCUCAUACCCAGGCUUCCAUGGGGGAGAUGGUGACUGUGAAGACAGAGGUCUGCUCACCCCGACAGGACCAAGAGUAUGGCCAGCCCUGCUCCGGAAGGCCUGACCCUUCAUCCAUGGAAGUGGAACCCAAGAAACCGAAGGGGAAGCGAGAGCUGAUCAUGACCAAGAGUUUCCAGCAAGUAGACUUCUGGUUCUGUGAGUCCUGCCAAGAAUACUUUGUGGAUGAAUGCCCCAACCAUGGCCCCCCCGUAUUUGUGUCCGACACGCCUGUGCCCAUGGGCAUCCCUGACCGAGCGGCCCUCACCAUCCCGCCUGGCAUGGAAGUGGUCAAGGAGGCCAGUGGGCAGAAUGAUGUUCGCUGCAUGAAUGAGGUUAUCCCAAAGGGGCACAUCUUCGGGCCAUACGAAGGGCAGAUCUCGACACAGGAUAAGUCGGCCGGCUUCUUCUCCUGGUUGAUUGUUGACAAGAAUAACCAUUACAAGUCUAUCGAUGGGACAGAUGAAACCAAAGCCAACUGGAUGAGAUAUGUGAUCAUCUCACGAGAAGAGAGAGAGCAAAAUUUGAUGGCCUUCCAGCAUAGUGAGAAAAUCUACUUCCGAGUGUGCCGUGAUAUCCGACCUGGGGAGCGGUUACGAGUGUGGUACAGUGAGGAUUAUAUGAAACGUCUACACAGCAUGUCCCAGGAAACAAUACAGCGCAAUCUGACCAGAGGAGAUAAAAAGCUGCAGCGAGAGAAGCCUGAGAAGGCUCUGGACCACCCGGAGGACCUUCGAGGCCCUCUCCAGCUCACGGUCUUGAGGCACGGCAAGAGCGCCUACAAGCGUGGCUUUGAUGAGGUGGAUGCUCAUCCUCCGCCCAAGAAGAAGAAGAUCGACCUCAUCUUCAAGGAUGUUUUGGAGGCUUCCCUGGAGACGGCAAAGAUAGAGGAGCCCCCUCUGGCCCCAGGCACCCCCCUUGUCCUCAGGAAAGCUCCCAAGUUCCACACGGAAGACGUAUAUGAUCAGUGUGGGAUGGCCGUGCCCCACGAGCCCCAGGAUCUCUCCAGGAACCAGGGGGAGAAGGAGUGGAAGGCUCCCCAAGGGGCUUCCUAUGGUCCCUCCAAGGACACAAGCUUGCUGGAGGAUGAGGAGGAAGAGCCUUCGUCAUUCAAGGCAGACAGCCCUGCCGAGGCUUCCCUGGCAUCUGAUCCUCACGAGCUCCCCACCACCUCCUUCUGCCCUAACUGUAUCCGCCUGAAGAAGAAGAUAAGGGAGCUGCAGGCUGAACUGGAUAUGCUCAAGUCCGGGAAGCUGCCCGAGCCCCCUCUGCUGCCACCCCAGGUACCGGAGCUCCCCGAGUUUUCAGACCCCACAGCUUCGGAGAGCGUGGUCUCCGUCCCCACCAUGCUGGAGGACGACGACCAGGAGGUGGACUCAGCCGAUGAGUCCGUCUCCAACGAGAUGAUCGCCGCCACGGACGAGCCUUCCAAGAUGUCCUCCGCCACGGGUCGCCGCAUCCGGCGCUUCAAGCAGGAGUGGCUGAAGAAGUUCUGGUUCCUACGGUACUCCCCCACGCUCAACGAGAUGUGGUGCCACGUGUGCCGCCAGUACACGGUGCAGUCUUCCCGGACCUCGGCCUUCAUCAUCGGCUCCAAGCAGUUCAAGAUCCACACCAUCAAGCUCCACAGCCAAAGCAACCUGCAUAAGAAAUGCCUGCAGCUCUACAAGCUCCGCAUGCACCCCGAGAAAACGGAGGAGAUGUGCCGGAACAUGACUCUGCUCUUCAACACCGCCUACCACCUGGCCCUGGAGGGCCGGCCCUACUUUGAUUUCCGGCCCUUGGCGGAGCUGCUGAGGAAGUGCGAGCUCAAGGUGGUGGACCAGUACAUGAACGAAGGCGACUGCCAGAUUCUGAUCCACCACAUCGCGCGGGCUCUGCGGGAGGACCUGGUGGAGCGCAUCCGCCAGUCCCCGUUCCUCAGCAUCAUCCUGGACGGGCAGAGCGACGACGUGCUGGCCGACACCGUGGCGGUCUACGUGCAGUACACCAGCAGUGACGGGCCCCCGGCCACGGAGUUCCUGUCCCUGCAGGAGCUGGGCUUCUCCACCACGGACAGUUACCUCCAAGCGCUAGAUCGCGCCUUCUCCUCCCUGGGGAUCAGGCUGCAGGACGAGAAGCCGACCAUCGGCCUGGGGGUGGACGGGGCCAACAUCACGGCCAGUUUGCGCGCCAGCAUGUUCAUGACGAUCAGGAAGACUCUGCCCUGGCUGCUCUGUCUGCCCUUCAUGGUGCACCGGCCCCACCUGGAAAUCCUGGACGCCAUCAGCGGAAAGGAGCUCCCGUGCCUGGAGGAGCUGGAGAACAACCUGAAGCAGCUGCUGAGCUUCUACCGCUACUCCCCCCGCCUGAUGUGUGAGCUCCGGUUAACAGCCUCUACUCUCUGCGAGGAGACGGAGUUCCUGGGGGACAUCCGGGCCGUGAGGUGGAUCAUCGGGGAGCAAAACGUUCUCAAUGCACUAAUCAAGGACUACCUGGAGGUGGUGGCCCACCUCAAGGACGUCAGCGGGCAGACGCAGCGCGCCGACGCCUCGGCCAUCGCUCUGGCCCUGCUCCAGUUUCUCAUGGACUACCAGUCCAUCAAGCUGAUUUACUUCUUACUCGAUGUGAUCGCCGUGCUUUCCCGCCUGGCCUACAUCUUCCAGGGCGAAUACCUCCUCGUGUCCCAGGUGGACGACAAGAUCGAGGAGGCCAUCCAGGAGAUCAGUCGGCUGGCCGACUCUCCGGGGGAAUACCUGCAAGAGUUCGAGGAGAAUUUCCGAGAGAGCUUCAACGGAGUCGCCGUGAAGAACCUGCGGGUGGCCGAAGCCAAAUUCCAGUCCAUCCGGGAGAAGAUCUGCCAGAAAACGCAGGUGAUCUUGGCCCAGAGGUUCGAUUCCCGCAGCCGGACCUUUGUGAAAGCCUGCCAGGUGUUUGACCUGGCAGCCUGGCCCAGAAGCACGGAGGAGCUCAUGAGUUACGGCAAAGAGGACAUGGUCCAGAUCUUCGACCAUCUGGAAGCCAUACCAUCCUUCUCCAGGGAGAUCUGCCGAGAAGGGAUGGACCCCAGGGGAAGUUUGUUGAUGGAGUGGCGGGAACUCAAGGCGGACUACUAUACCAAAAAUGGUUUCAAAGACUUGAUCAGCCACAUCUGCAAGUACAAACAGAGGUUUCCCCUGUUGAAUAAAAUCAUCCAGAUCCUUAAGGUCCUCCCCACCUCCACGGCCUGCUGCGAGAAAGGGCGAGUCGCCCUCCAGCGAGUGCGCAAAAACAACCGCUCCCGCCUGACCUUGGAACAGCUCAGUGACCUUUUGACAAUUGCUGUAAAUGGUCCCCCCAUUGCCAAUUUUGAUGCCAAGAGGGCACUGGAUAGCUGGUUCGAGGAGAAGUCUGGCAAUAGUUACACACUGUCUGCUGAAGUCCUCAGUAGGAUGUCUGCCCUGGACCAGAAGCCAAUGCUUCCAAGCAUGGACCACGGGUCAGAAUUUUACUCGGAUCUUUAGGAAGUCAUUGCCUCAGAUUUUACCAAGCUGUUGAAUAAUUUUUUUAAAGAAAAAUAUCUAUACUCCUAAGCUUUGAUAUAUUAUAUAAAUAUAUAUUAUAUAUAUAUAAACCCACACUGAAAAUUAAAAAAAAAUUAAGGGGACAUGCAUCUGACUGAAGCUACUUGGAGUUUUCAGAAUGGGAUGAUGUCGAACACUUUCCUCUUAUCUACAAAACUUGGCAGCUGCAAUAUCCAUGGCAAUUCACUCUUACUCAUCAUGGCCCAUGCUGGGGGCCACUGGGGUUCCAGUCUAACUAUCAACCAACAGUAUAAGCUAAAAUGACGGGUCUCUGUCAACCACCUCUCUGGUAGCUCACCUCAUGUAUGUUCUCGUUUGGGGUUUUGGUGUUUUUGUUGUUGUUUUUGUUUGUUCGUUUGUUUAUUUUUUGGUUCCUCUGGUUGGUUGGAAAGGUUGUUGUUUAUUUGUCUGUAUGUUUGUUUUGGGGGAAAGUGGCUUUGUUCGCUGGUUCUGGCCCAGUUGGAGUUGGGUUUCUUAUUUCCGAUGGCAAUUUGUAAAACGGGAGUGUUUCCUCCCUUCCCCUUCCUCCAUUUACUUCAAUUUGGGAAUCCACAUCCUGAUUUUAAGUUUCUCACUGUCUUAGAAGCAAAAGUGUCAGCCAAAUAGUGACACUUUCACCCAUCUCCUCCCCGGUUCCUGCAGAUGGGAGGAGGAGGAAAUCCAAGCGGUUCUUCUCCCCUUGCUCCUCCCCUGGGCUCCACCCAGGGACCUCUCGAUACAUGGUCUCCAGUGGUAAUAGUUCUUGGGGGUUGAACCCAGUGGAAGAGGGUCAACUUUUUGCACUUCUGUUGUGAUGUCAUAGGGGAUAAGACAGUAAGACUUUUUUUUUCAGUUCCAGCGCCCUUGGGAACAGCCAACAAGCCUUCAAAUCCAUUCCCCAAAAGAGGCAAAGAUUUGGGGCUGAAAAUAAGAAAAUGAUAACAAAAAAGAUAUUUUAAUUAUUUAUAUUCAAUAGGCAUAGAUUGAUGUAUUGGGGGGUGGGACGGUGUUAUUAUUGUUUCAUAAUAGAGUCACAGAAUACCUGCUCUUCUUCAGUAGCAGGGGCUAUCAAUGCAAGGUGAGUUCUGGGUCAGUCCUAUCCGGGACUUCCCAGAGGUUCACUCUUUCUCUCGUGACCAAGGUGAUCACACAGUCAGUCCACAGCCUGGCAGGAAGCUGGAUGCUUUGUCUAUCCCUGUGAAAUCUUUCUUCUUUGAAGGGUAAAAAUGUUCUAAAGAGAUGCAAAAAACCAAGCAAAAGGCCUCUCAGUGAAUUAGCUUACACAUAGCCACACUUCUCUGGUUGCGCACAUGGUCACACAGAUGCACUUUCACAAUGCACAGCCCUGGACACACAGACAUUCACACACUUACGUGCUUGGCUGUGAGUCCAAGAAAAGCAUAGCUGAUUGCAUAUGGAUGCAUAGUCUCACACACACACACACACACACAC